AAGCGCCAAAAAUUAAAUAAGAAGGUCAUCAGCUAUAAGCGUAUUUAGUUAUGAGGAAUGAUGUUUUGGAUAAUACCAAUUUUGUGGGUGACUGCGUAUGUGUAUUUUUAUAUCAAAGCCAAGUGUGAUGAUCCAGCAAUGAAUAGGGUUAUGAUUGUCUUAGGAUCUGGUAAUGUUUAUUUCAUACUUUAUGUUAGGUGGACACACUGCUGAAAUGCUCUCAUAUACUUCUGUAUUGACUCGCAAAUUUCAACCACGUUUGUAUGUUAUUGCGACAACUGAUUCUAUGAGUGAACAAAAGGUUUUGGAUUUAGGGGACAAGUGUGAUAUUAAAUUCAGCAUAAAGCGCAUACCAAGGGCUCGUGAAGUAAAACAGUCAUACGCUAGCAGCAUCUUCAGUACCUUAAUGUCUUGUCUAUCUGCGUUCCCCAUCGUCACCAAUUUUAGGGCGAAAUUGAUUUUGUGCAAUGGUCCUGGGACAUGUAUCCCCAUAUGCUUCGUGGCUAUUUUACUCCACGUACUAAAAAUUCAUUCAACUCUUAUAAUUUUUGUUGAAAGUAUUUGUCGUACCAAAACUUUAUCAUUAUCUGGAAAAAUUUUAUACUAUACUCGUUUAGUAGAUGUAAUCGUUCAGUGGCCAGAAUUGAAGACAAAAUAUCCAAGAUCAAUUUACUUAGGACUUUUAUCGUAAACUACUGCAUCCAAACAUCCUUGUUAUAUGACUUGCAUCCAGAGCACUUUUUAUAUUUAUAAUAUGUGUUUUUUGUUCUAUGCGAUCAUCGUUUGAGAUUCGAAAUACAUUUUACAUUUGGUUAAAAUAAUUAUCACUGUUAGAUCAAAAACGGGGAAUGAUUGUACACCUAUAAACCAACUAUUUUAUUUCAGAAACGAUAAUUAAAGUUUUCUAUACGUCU